AUGACACUGCUAGGCCAGGCCCGAGAGGUUGCAGCACAAGAGCGGCCUCAGCACGAGUCACUCCAGUUCCUCCAGUGGCAAGGCCUGCUUCCCCUGGCCUGCCAAGGCCACUCCAAUGCUAAACAAGGCCUCCAAGCACACGCCGUAGGACCCCUCUGCCUUCAGAGCCACCACUGGCUGAGACAUCACCUGGCCCGGCUCUGCCACCUGGGCUUGAAGGUCACCACCAUGCUGGCCUCGGUGUCAGGCCCCGAUGGUAGGCCACUCAUCUCCAAAGAGGCUAACAGCAGUGGAGCUAUUGAAAAGCUGCAGUCGGAGCAUGUGAACAGUCAACAGCAUAUCAAAGACCUGGAGGCAAAGCUAGAGAAGUUACAAAGCAAUCUUCAAGUGAAAAUUAAAGCUCUGGAUGCUAUUGAGGAAAAGAAUGCUUCUCUGCAUGAAGAAAUCAUUUCAUUGAGAAAUACAUUUCAUGUUGUUAAUAGAAUUGAGGGAGCAGCACAUUCCAUCUCAAGCAUCCCUCGAUGUCCACUCCAGUUUCAGCAUUCUUCAGAUUACAAAGCAAGCAUUGCACCCAAAUGUUCGGACAAAGUACUGUUUUCACAGUUUCCUCAUUCUGGCUCAACCAUCAACUCGUUCUCUGGAAAAUCAUCUUCCAGAAUGGUCAGAUUUCCCAUAUCAUCACUUCAGACUCUAGACAAAUCUUUAGAGGGGAAAGUGAAGAGUUUAGACAACCAACAGCUCCCCUGCUUACCUCCUAAGGAUAGGAAAGGCAGAUAUUGUAAAUCUUGA